GAGAUAAUCAGGUAGUAAACCGGCCCAGUGUAGGGCGGGACAGCUCCGACAGUUAAAUAUCCAGCGUCCGAGUUGCGCUCCUCCCCCCGGCACCUGCAGCCGUUCCUCCGGCCGGCGAUGGACAAGAGCGGUCAGGACAGGCGAUCGCAAAAGCCAUCUGGCCUCCUGCUCUUGUCCGUCUUCACUGCAGUACUGGGAUCUCUGCAGUUUGGCUAUGGAACGGGAGUCAUCAACGCGCCCCAGGAGGUCAUCGAGAGGCAUUAUGCCCGGAUCCUCCAAGCUGACCGAAACGACACGGCGACCGGGAACCUCACACAAGCAGCCAGCCAGCAGAAGGAUCGGCAAGUGGUUGUUUACUGGACCCUGUCUGUCGCCAUCUUCUGCAUUGGGGGCAUGUUCUCAUCCUUCUUCGUCGGCUACCUGGCAGACAGGCUGGGCAGGCUGAAGGCGAUGAAGGUUCUCAACGUUCUGGCAAUAGUUGGUGCCCUGUUGAUGGGUUUGGCAAAAAUGGGCCCAUCGCACAUCAUGGUCAUCGCAGGGAGAGCCAUCACCGGCAUCUAUUGUGGUCUAUCGUCGGGACUGGUGCCCAUGUACAUCGGGGAGAUCUCCCCCACCAGCAUGCGCGGGGCACUGGGCACCAUCCACCAGCUGGCCAUCGUCACGGGAAUCCUCCUGAGCCAGGUGAUUGGGCUCAACUCGCUGUUGGGGAACGACCGUCUGUGGCCACUGCUUCUCGGGCUGUCAGGUGCGCCCGCCAUCCUGCAGGCCAUCUUGCUCCCCUUCUGCCCCGAGAGCCCACGGUACCUCUACAUAAAGCUCGGCAAAGAGGAGGCGGCCAGGAAGGGUCUGCGCAGGCUGCUGGGGACCUCUGACAUCGACAAGCAAACUGCAGAGAUGAAGAAGGAGAAGGAGGAGAUCGCGAAGGAGCCAAAGGUCUCCAUUGCACAGUUAUUCUGCUCCUCCAGUUACCGGCAGCCCAUCACCGUGGCACUCAUGCUGCACAUCUCCCAGCAGUUCUCCGGUAUCAAUGCGAUUUUUUACUACUCAACGGCCAUCUUCCGCCAGGCCGGCCUCUCUCAGCCAACGUACGCCACGAUUGGGGUGGGUGUCGUCAACACAGUCUUCACCGUGAUCUCGGUCUUCGUGGUGGAGCGCGCUGGCCGCAGGAGCCUCUUCAUAGUGGGCCUGGCCGGGAUGUGUAGCUGCGCCAUUUUCCUGACAUUGGGCCUGGCUCUGCAGCACACGUACUCCUGGAUGAGUUACGUCAGCAUGGUGGCCAUCUUCAUCUACGUGGCCUUCUUCGAGCUGGGGCCGGGCCCCAUCGCCUGGUUCAUUGCGGCCGAGCUGUUCAGCCAGGGGCCCCGGCCGGCGGCGGUCACCAUCGCCGGCUUCUGCAACUGGACCUGCAACUUCCUGGUGGGCAUGUGCUUCCCCUACAUCGCGGAGCUGUGUGGCCCGUACGUAUUUGUCAUUUUCGCCUGCCUUCUCGUUGGCUUCACCUUGUUCACCUACUUCAGGGUGCCUGAGACAAAAGGCAAGACGUUCGAGCAGAUCGCACAAGGUUUCCGGCGCAAGAAGUCCUCAUCACGCCAGCUGAAAGCCUCCGCUACUGAACUGGAAUAUCUGGGCAGCACAGAUGCCUAGCAGAGAGGAGGAGCCUCGGGCCUUGUUCUCGAGCACGGUGCGGCCUGGAGCAGAGCCGUGCAGAGAGAGACUUGGCAGAGGUCACGUUGCUCUCAAGCUACUGUUUACAAAAUUCUCUUGCCCCUGUGGACAACCAGAGCUGCCUGCUUGCCUGCUUGAAGAAGUACCUGACUGAAGACACUGGGGCAAGAAGGCAUUCCAUUCUGCCAGCGACCUCAGUCAUCAAGAUGGAGCCUGGUUUGUCCAGGAAUUCAAACGUUACCUCGGGGACAGUCCUGAUGAAGGGUCUUGACCCGAAACAUUACCUCUUCAUUCCCUUUCACAGACACUGCCUGAUCUGCUGAGUUCUGCGAGCAUUUUGUCUGUAUUGCUCCAGAUAUCCAGCAUCGGCAGAAUCUCUUGUGUUCAGGAGAAGUCCGUCAUUUCUUGGCUAGGCUCAGUUUACGAUGUCUUUGGAGAGAGGGAAUGACAGACAGCUCAAUCAUCUUUCUCAGGGCUUUAAGGACUCCGUGUGUUCCACUGUGGACAGUGCUCAUAUUGGCCCAGUGAAAACCGCUCAUGCUCCUUCUGAACGAGAGCUCAGUGUUGUCUCCAUUGGCCUUGUGGCAAAUUCAGAUUCACACUCACUUAUUUAUCACGUCUGCAGUGAAACGCUUCAUUCUCAUUACCAACCAACACAGCCCAAAGACAUGCUGGGGGCAGCCUGCAAUGUCACUUGGACCGUUUACAAUGUCCUUGGACCUGUCUCAGAUAGGCAGAAAGAUACAAACUCCAAUGAUCUGGUUAGAAUGGCAAAACUUUUUUUAUUAGGACAAAACAUAGCAGCCAUUAAAAUACAUAUCUCAGUGUGUAUAGACCCACCCCCACCUCCCGAUCUGCUGAUCUGUGGGGCCGUUCAUGACCAGCCCGUUAGUGAGGACUCGAGGAACUGCCCCAAGCCCCCUCGAAUGCUCUGUUUUAUACCCUCUCCACUGAUAUGAAAUGCUGCUGUGAAUGGCCCAUUACUAACACCAUCUCAAACCACCGAAUUAGAACCAAUCACAACUAGUCACCUCUCAUCACCAGUCCCACCCCUGUGUUACACUAACUUCCACCCUCCCUCAGUUCUUCCCUUACUCACUUGAGCCCUUCACUCACAGUAACGUGGUGGUGAGCACGAUGCAGUAAAAGCGGAGGGUUUUCCGGAGGUCACAGUUCUAUUCCAGUGUCCUCGGUAAGGAGUCUCUGUACGUCCUCCCCGUGAAGUUCUGUACACGGGUUUCUUCCGGAUGCUCCUGUUUCCUCCCACAGUCCAAAGUUGUACCGAUUAGUAGGUGUUUGUACAGUGUCCUGUGAUGAGGCUAGAGUUAAAUUGUGGGUUGCUGGGUGAAUAGCUCAAAGGGCUGAUUCUGUGCUAUAUCUCACUAACUUUUACUAACUUUUAAAAGAAUGUUAUUCUGCUAGUCCCAUUGCUCAGCACCCAGACCAUCUUUGUCCUCCUUACACUUCCCAUCCAUGCACCUAUCCAAACUUCUCUUAAAUAUUGAAAUCGAACCCACAUCCACCGCUGGCAGCUGGUUCCACACUCUCACCACCCUCAUGUUCUCCUUAAACAUUACACCUUUCACCCUUAACCCAUGACCUCUGGUUCUCAUCCCUCUCAUCCUCUGUGGAAAACGUCUGCAAGCGUUUACCCUUCCUAUGCCCCUUUUGUUGGGAAUAUGGACACUAAGCCACACGUGAAGGCCAGGAGCUGGACUUGGUUAUCAGAGGCUAUUUGAAAUGCACGUCAUUGGGAACAUUUAAUAGGUAGCGGGAGCUUAUCGCCACGACCUCUACCCUGCUAUAGCAACCUUGUGGAAUGUGGAGUGUGUUGUUCAUUCCGUACCCGCCAGAAACUGCGCUUCCAACCAGCAGGGGUUUAUUGUGGUCACGAAACCUUAAACUAUUCUCCUUAAUCAUACUGAUAAUUGCUUGUAUGAAAAAAAAACAAUCAAAGGGAGGUUUCCAUCAAGGCCAGCAUUCUUAGUCCAACAGUAUUAUUUUGUGGUCUCCCAUCCCAUUAUCACAUCCACACCUGGUGUCGGUGGUGGGGGGUGAAUUUGGUAGGUGGGGUUGGAGGAAGGAGGGGGCUGGGGAAGGAGUGAUUUCCUUUCCCUGCGACCCCUCAGUCAGGUGGUUCACUCAUGCUUGUAUGGCGGACGGGGGCACCACACUAGCGUAGCAGUUCCUGCAGCACUAUUACAGCUCGGUGUUCAGAAUUCAGAGUUCAGUCGUGGCAUCCCCUGUGAGGAGUUUUUACGUCCUCUCCACGGAACCGCGUGGGUUUCCUCCGAGUGCUCUGGUUUCCUCCCACAGUCCAAAGACGGGCUGGUUAGGAGGUGAAUUGGUCAUUGUAAAUUGGGUAGGAUUGCUGGAUGGUACAGCUCAGGAGGCUGGAAAGGGCCUCUUUCACACUGUGUUUCUAAAUAAAAACAAACUGAAUGAAAACAUCAGGGUAGGUGCGAGGGACAACACGGGAGCAUCCGGUGCUCUAGUCCACCCUUUCUCUCACCGAACCCUGCACCACCUCUCCCGUAGCUACGGUAGCAGAGGACACACUCCUGUGAAACUCUGGUCGGUGGGACUGUGGGCAGGGUGGGGAGUGUCAUGGUAGGGAGCCUCCAAGCUGCCUCUGUGUUCAUAGUCCUUGCCUCCCUCCCCUCCGGGCUGUGAAUGUUUGCCACACCAGGAACAGUGAUGGGGAAAUCACUGAGGCAUCGUACAACAGUACAGUACAGGCGCUUUGGCCCACAGACUCUGAACCUACUCUAAAACCAAAGAUAAUCCUUCCCUCCCACACAGCCCACCUUUUUUUUCUCUUUUAUCCAUGUGCCCAAGAAUCUCUUAAAUGUUCCUAAUGUAUCUGCCUCUACCACCACCCCUGGCAGGGGGUUCCACACACUCACCACUCUGCGUAAAUAACCUCUGACAUCCCCUUGCUCUAUCCUCCAAUCACCUUAAAAAUUAAGCUCCCUCAUAUCUGUCUGGGAAAAAGUCAUUGGCUUUCCACUUGAUCUUUGCGUCUUAUCAUCUUGUACACCUCUAUCAAAUCUCCUCUCAUUUCCCUUCACUCCAAAGAGAAAAACCCUAGCUCACUCAACCUAUCCUCAUAGUAUCACUCUAAUCCAGGCAGCAUCCUCAUAAAUCUCCUCUGCACUCUCUCUAAAGCUUCCACAUCCUUCCUAUAAUGAGGUGACAGAGCUGAACACCAUAUUCCGAUAUUACAGAUAGAGUAUUCCAAAUUUUUCCCAAUAAUAUCCUUGCACACACGGCCCCCUUCCAGCCUGUAUCCCAUCUGCUGAGCAGAUGUUUGUGCCCUGCCACAGGCCCACAUUUCACACACCCAGUUUUAAUUUAAGAAUUAAAAUGUCUAAUUUUAUUUUAUUAAAUAAUUGAAGUUUCUUAAUGUAAAUCAGUGGAUUUCUCUGAAAGAGUUUUGAUUUCAAUAAAGUGUUCUUU